AUUUGACAGUGUUAUACGUCAACAGUUGAAAUGUAGAAAUGUCAUUUUUAUUGCUGUGGUUCUUCAUAAUAAAAUUAUUUUAGUAGAAAGUUGGGAAUAUGUACUUAGUUUACGUAAUUUAGCACAAUCGCAAGUUUGUUUGUGGAAGAAUAGAUAAUUUGGUGCUUGUCGUGUGUACUGGAAUUUUUAUACAAAAUGUUGAAGCAUCUUCUGGAAAACCGUCACACUAUCGGCUCGGUCAAUAACGACACAUGUUUGACAACACGGCGUGCAAAUGCGACUGUUAUCAGCAACGUAUAUGAAGGUAUCCCCGAGACGAUCCUCUUGAACGUCAUCACUUGGGUUCUGUUAAUCCUCCUCUUUGCCAUCUUGCGAAACCGGGCUUGGGAUUACGGCCGACUAGCCCUCGUCCAUACGGAAAAAUGGACACAACUCUUCUACAAGAACACGGAUGACGCUGUCGCCGUCGAGGAAUCAAGCGCAGACGUGUCAUUAAUCCCCGACGCGGGCUGUCUUUGGUUCCCCUCAAUUUUUAAAAUCAGCAAAGAGCGGAUUUUCACACGAUGUGGUCCUGACGCGUCACACUAUCUCUCCUUUCAAGAACAACUCCUUCUCUUGUCUACAACUAUAACAGUCUUCGCACUUUGCGUAAUCCUCCCCAUCAAUUUCCAAGGGAAGCUUCAAGGCGGUAAAACUACUUUUGGGCACACCACUUUGAGCAAUCUGGAACCGAGUUCGAACUGGUUGUGGGUCCACGUCGUCGCUAGCUUUUGUUUCGUCCCUUUGACUGUCUUAAUCAUGCGGAGGAGCUCCGGUCGGAUCCCCAGUGCCUCGGCACUUACGUCACGGACUGUUAUGAUAACACACAUCUCGCACGCACAUCGAAAUACCGAUGAUAUUAAAAAUUAUUUCACUGUGAGGUUUCCAGACACUGAGAUAAAAGACAUACAGAUUGCUUACAGGAUCAAGAAAUUGACGAUACUUGAAAAACAACGGGCCCUCACUCAUGAGGCUAAGAUGUACUGCAUUUUGAACAACAAACCGGACUUGAAGGUGCAACCCUACGGGUGUAUUAUUUGUUGUCCGUGGAAAACACAAAACGCACUUGAGUAUUACACCGAAGAGGAGGCACGACUCACGGAUUUGGUCGUCGCGGAGCGACGAAAAGUCCUAGAGAGUCCUUUGGGGAUUGCCUUUAUUACUCUAAACUCAGAAGAGAGUGCCCAUCACGUGAUCAAAUCAUUCACUCCCGGCUCGCUACGCCAUUGGUUGAUCACAAAAGCGCCCUCACCGUCGGAUAUCAAUUGGGAGAAUUUAGAAAUAUCGUACCGGAAUUGGUACUCGAAAGCAAUCCUCAUCAACGCAAUUCUUUUCCUAAUACUAUUUUUUUUAACAACUCCAGUGAUUGUAGUCAAUGUCUUUAAUAAUUUAACUAGCGCACAAGAUAAAUUUCUGAGUAAGUUGACUCCUCUUCUUUCUGAUUUUCUUCCAACUCUUUUGCUCCUUUCUGUGUCGGCUUUAAUGCCAGUCCUUGUGGCUUAUUCGGACGAAUGGAUGUCACAUUGGACCAAAUCAAAACAAAACCAUGCUACAAUGCACAAAGCCUUCUUUUUUCUGCUUUUUAUGGUGCUUAUUCUCCCCUCGUUGGGGUUAACAAGUGCGCAAGCUUUCGUCGAGUGGUCCCUACAAACCGGGAAUUUGACGGUGCGAUGGGAGUGUGUGUUUCUAGCCGACAAGGGGGCUUUCUUCAUUAAUUAUGUCAUCACUUCGGCUUUGAUUGGAACAGCUUUAGAGUUGUUGAGGUUCCCCGAGUUAGCAAUGUACGCGUUUCGUCUCCUUCGUAUCAAAUCAGAAGCAGAAAAGACAAGUAUAAGGAAGGAAAUCAUGUCGGAAUUUCCCUUCGGGAUUCACUAUGCCUGGACUUUGCUUAUUUUUACGAUCAGUACAGUGUAUAGUCUCACGUGUCCUUUGAUAACCCCCUUUGGGUUGCUAUACCUGUCUUUGAAACACUUUGUCGAUAAAUACAAUAUUUAUUAUGUCUAUAGACCCAUCACCAUGUGUGGGGAAGGCCAACAAAUCCAUGCUGAUGCCGUCAGGAUGGUCCGGGUCGCUAUUUUACUGCUCCAGUUAAUCAUGGCAGCUUUUUCUUUCAUUAGAGGAGGUUUUAAUAUCAUGUGUGCGGUUAGUUUCAUUGCGUUUAUUGUCACUGUUACAUUUUUCUUUUUCUUGAGCCCGUUUCCCUCUUGUAGACCUAUUCAAAAUAACAAUACGGCUUUACCCGAGUUUAGUGAACAAUACAUCGCUCCGGUUUUACUAAGUUCGCAAAAUAUUGAACAAGGAGAUGAAUAUAUUGUGUCUUCACCUUCUUCCUACGGUUCCUCUAAUAUUAACGAUAUUGGUGUUAGGCUAAUGUCAGAAAUUGGUUCUUCGGUUGCAUAAAUCUUAUUUCUGCUUUUGGUAUGGCUGUGACUAUUUAGGAAGUGUUUUCACCAAUUUGGUUCCACUCUUGAUCUUCAUGUGAUAAUUCUCUAACUUUUAAAGUAUUGACUCAUUUGUUUUAACUCCUAGUCCUCCUUUCGGUUGCAUAACUCGAAAUUGUAAUGAACGGUGAUAACACGUAAUUAUAGAAUGAAAAUAACUAUUUAUUUGUAAAAUCUAUUUUGUAUAUUUUAGCACAUAAUUGUAAGUUUAUUGUAUAAAAAUAUAAUUGCUAUGUUAUAUUGUUA